GAUGGGCGGGGCGGUCUCCGGCGGCGUCGCGCCGGCGGGGGAGUUCCCGGUGCUACUCAACGUCUACGACCUCACGCCCAUUAACAACUACAUGCACUGGUGCGGCCUCGGCAUCUUCCACUCCGCCGUCGAAGUCCACGGAUCAGAGUACAGUUUUGGAGCUCAUGAUUAUCCUACAAGUGGUGUUUUUGAGGUUGAACCAAAGAACUGCCCAGGCUUCCUGUACAGAUCGACGAUUUUCAUAGGCCGUACAAGUCUACAACCGUUGGAAUUUCGAGAUUUCAUUCAGAGAAUGGCCUCGGAAUAUCAUGGGGAUACGUACCACCUCAUUUCCAAGAAUUGUAACCACUUCACUGAUGAUCUUAGCACCAGAUUGACAGGAAAGCCAAUUCCUGGUUGGGUUAACCGACUCGCUAAGAUAGGUGUGUUUUGCAACUGCCUUCUACCAGAAAGUAUGCGGUUGGAGUCUACUGAGACAAAGAAUCUCACAGACUAUGAUUUCUCUGAUGGCUCCAACGCAACCAUAAAGGACCCCUUUGAAGAUGAUGAUGUUGAAGACAAACACCUACUCCCACAAUCUUCUUUUGUUGAAAAUGCAAUUGUACAGGAAGUCCACAGGUGAAAGUUAAGCCAUACGGAAUAGUUCAAUGUGCAGUUUAUCAUUCAUUUUGUACAUUGUAAUUUCUGUAUUCGAAAAUGUAAAGUGCCCAUUCUAUUGUUUUCUAAUAUUGAUAUUUAUUUUGGCGGGUUUGGUGUCACGAUUGGGUUUCUUUAUUCCACUCAUACAAUAUUGUAAUACCCUACCUCCCUAGGUGGUAUGCCACUCAGAGCCUGUGUGUAAUCUUAAUUCAUUUGCUCCUUGAAAAAUGCAAGUCAAACAAGGUAGAUAUUGGGUCCUGAAAACUGCUAAAUGUUAUCAAUGAUCCAUGCAUGGUUCUUUUGUUAA